UUUUAUAUAUUAUAUAUUAUUACAUAUAGCAAUCUAGUUACCAUUUAAUAUUCUAAAAAAAACCCUAAUAGCCAUCUCUCUCUCCAUCGCGUACGAUCCAUUCGCAGACGAUCGACGACAGCAAACGGCAACAACUCACGUAUGGCAUCCUUCGACGAAGCUCCUCCCGGAAAUUCGAAGACAGGGGAGAAAAUUUUCAGGACCAAGUGCGCUCAAUGCCACACUGUUGAUAAAGGGGCCGGUCACAAGCAAGGACCCAAUUUGAAUGGGUUGUUUGGAAGGCAGUCUGGAACAACUGCUGGAUAUUCUUACUCAGCUGCUAACAAGAACAUGGCUGUGACUUGGGAGGAAAAGACUUUGUAUGAUUACUUGCUAAAUCCCAAGAAGUACAUUCCUGGAACUAAGAUGGUCUUCCCUGGACUGAAGAAACCACAGGAUCGUGCCGACCUUAUUGCAUAUUUGAAGGAAUCUACUGCUUGAUAUUUUCAUCCAUUGCCUAUUCCAUUUUGUAGUUCAACAAAUUAUUCACACAUAGCGCUUCACAAGCAAUUUUUUUUUCCUUUGAUUUACUAAUAAAACUCGAGACUUUUAAGGGCUGUAAUGCUUCUUUCUCGUGGAUUUUUCUUUUCUUUUUCCUAUGGAUUCUCUAGGAAGAGGAAGAAGUUGCUGUAAUCGGCACAUUAAACAUUCAUUUUGCUUACAAUUUUAUGAAUAUUGUGGUACACCAUUUUACUUA